CCGCUGCUCUUGUCUGUUCGCCGACCGACCGAUCGGCCGGCCGGCCGGCUCGACGUGCUACGCGAGUUGCUUCGUCCCUGCAGGAAGAGUUCCAGUAAAGAAUCGCCCCCCCUCUUGUUUGUUCUUCACGGCUUUGCAGUGCUGUGAGCGCACAACCGGACGAACCGCCGUGGACGCAAGUCACGCAACGCCGAUGAGCGACCACGCGCAGCCGCGGCACGACCAGCACCGCGGCCUCCGUGGCCGGCUCGCCGGCCUCUUCUCCUCGCCGCCGCCACAGCCACCGAACCCCCAGUCCAACGAACAGGUCGCGAAGCUGGUGGAGGAGCUCGGGAGGCAGAGGGAUCUCACGGAGACGUACAAGGCGCGGCUCGAGAGCACGCAGGGGUACCUCCGGUUCUGCCUCGAGGUCGCCCAGGAGCGCGGCUUCCUGCACCUGAUAUCCGACAGCGCGCAGCAGCACUCGACGCACCGCGGCGCCGACUUCGAGACAGCACCGACCGCCGCCAGUGACGACGACGCGGACGACAAGGACGAGCCAGCGGAGACGCCGCCGCGGUGCGACCCGUACCUGGCCGCCACGCGCGGCCUCGCCGUGGAGCACGGCUGGUCCGUCGCCCCGGAAGAGAUCGAGCUGCACGAGGUGAUAGGCCGGGGCUCGACGGCGGACAUCCACAGGGCGACGUGGCGCGGGCUCGAGGUGGCGGUGAAGUGGGUGCGGCCGGAGCUCUUCGUCUCCAACCCGGGCGCCGAGGCCUUCUUCGCGCAGGAGGCCGACCUGCUGUCGCGGCAGCGGCACCCGCACGUGCUGCGCCUGAUGGGCGCGUGCCUGCGCCCCCCGGGGAGCUGCUUCCUGGUGACCGAGCUGCUGAGCGGGGCGACGCUCGGGGAGUGGCUGCACGGGGGCAGGGAGCGGCGCCCGCGGGCGCCGUCCUCGCCGCCGCCGCCGCCGCUGGUGGACAGGGUGAGCAGGGCGCUGGAGGUCGCGCUGGCCAUGCGGCACAUCCACGAGCAGACGCCCAGGGUCGUGCACCGCGACCUGAAGCCCAGCAACGUUCUCCUGGAUGCUGAGCUGCGCGCGCGGGUUACGGGCUUUGGCCACGCCAGGUUCUUGCCGGACGGCAAGGAGGCGCUCACCGGCGAAACGGGGACUUAUGUGUACAUGGCUCCUGAAGUGAUUCGCUGUGAACCCUACACUGAGAAAUGCGACGUCUACAGCUUCGGCAUCAUACUGAAUGAACUGAUCACUGCAGAGCAUCCGUACAUUGAUACAAGCUACGGGCCGAGUAAGAUUGCGCUGGGAGUAGCAGACGGAAAAUUAAGGCCUCAACUCCCAGAGAGUGAUGGAUAUCCUACUGGCCUGGUUGAUCUCAUCUGCCGAACCUGGGAUGCAGAACCUUCAAGUCGGCCUUCGUUUGCCGCCAUAACUUCCGAGCUUCGAGAAAUCAGACAGCACAUUGUGCAACACGGAGAACAGUACCAAAACUAUAGUCAUGCAUAGGCUUACUUGCAAGAGAGGGAAAUGGAAAGAAAUGGAAACUGCAGUCAAUUCCCCUGG